CUCCUGUGGUCCUGGUUUUGAUGUCAUCCACAAAGAAACAAACUCAUCUGUUUUCUUUAUAGAGGCCAAAGAAGACCAGAGAGACUUUGACCAAGUGCUGACAUGGACCAGACGUCAAACACAGUGAGAACGGUGCACAUCACUGUGACAAAUGGAUAUGAUCUGAAAGGCUUCAAAGGAGACACCCCAGUUACUUUUGUCCGUGCAGAAUUCAACCAGGCAGUUCUCGGAGACUCCUCAAAAAUCACUGUCUCUCCAGAGGGAACUGCAAAGUACAACUUUACAAGCAACAUUGACCUCAGCCCAGAUGGAGGAAUUACUUUAGAUGACCUCGCCCACAAACCUUUAUUCCUAACGGUGACUGAAGUUUUACCAAAGGAAAAGAAACAGAAAGAUGAGAAGACCUUAACUCUUGGCCAAGCCGUGGUGGAUCUUCUUCCUUUAUUAGAAGGAGAGGAGUCAUUUGAAACGACAGUCCCAUUACACCCUGUGCAGGGGUCACCCUUGGAAACUCCUUUACCAGGCUCUAAGCAAUGCAGUCUUGAUGUGAAGGUAUUUGUGGCAGAGCCCUUACUGACCCCAGCCCAGGUCUCAGCGAGCAAUCUACUGAAGGUCACGCUGGAGGCAGCCUAUUCUGUGCCCGAGUCAUUCAUACCAGUCGGGCCUCAGCAGAACUACAUGGUUGGUCUGCAGGUUCCGUCGGUCGGAGAGAAGGACUACACUAUGAUAUUCAGGAACGGAAUUCUGAAGCUUGGAGGGGAAAGAGAACCUCUUCCCCGGCCUAAAAAAUGGCCCAUUGCCAACAUUCUUGCUCCAGGAGCUAGUAACAUUCCUGACGCAUUCAUUGUGGGGGGUCCCUACGAGGAAGAAGAAGGAGAACUCAACCACCCUGAGGACAGGGAAUUUAGGAACCAAGCCGAAUGCACGAAGAAGAGGAUCGUCUGGGACUUGGAAAGCCGCUGCUUCCUCCAUCCUACUGCUGUUGCGAGUUUACAGAAGCGAAUUGCUGAUUGCCGACUCUGGCCCGUGGAGAUCACAAGAGUGCCUUUGAUCGUUAUGCCGAAAGGCAAACCAGGCAAACUUGAGAAGACCGAAGAUGAAAACCAGCUUUCCUUUCAUGGUGUGGCUUACAUCAACAUGGUCCCACUCCUGUAUCCAGGAGUGAAGAGGAUAAGGGGGGCUUUUCAUGUGUACCCCUACCUGGAUGGGACAGUCUUUGAAAAGCAAGCACCUAGUAUAAAAUCGCAGAGCUCAGACACCCCUUUGGAAAGUGAAGCCCCCCUGAGCCACAAUCUUGAAGGACAGCAAUAUAUAGAAGCUGGGACAUACAUUGUCUUGGAGAUCCAGCUGGACAAAGCCCUGGUUCCAAAGCGGAUGCCAGAGGAACUGGCUAGAAGAGUCAAGGAAAUGAUACCCCCGAGGCCACCUCUCACCCGCCGGACAGGGGGAGCUCAGAAGGCUGUGAGUGAUUACCACACGCAGAUCAAGAGCAUCUCUAGAGCCAUUCUGAAUGAAUACCACCGCAUGUUUGGGAAGCAAGGGACUAAACUGUUGAGUGACAUAGACAACGAAACCAUGGAGGAGCAGAAGUGCCAGCUCAACUAUGAGCUCAACUGCUCUGGAAAGUACUUUGCUUUCAAAGAACAGCUCAAGCAUGCUGUGGUAAAGAUUGUGAGAGAGAAAUACUUGAAGACGACAGCAUUCGAAAGCCAGGAGGAACUGCAGACAUUUAUCAGUGAGCUUUAUGUGUUCUUGGUAGAUCAAAUGCAUGUGGCCCUGAACCAGGCCAUCCCGGAUGAUGUUCCAAGCACCACCUCAACGAUUCAGACAAGCAGCAAUCAGCUUCGACUCUUUGCCUUUGAGGCAGAAGUCAACGAGAACUUUGAAAUGGCAGCAGUGUAUUAUGAAGAGAGGUUGGUUCGGGAGCCCCAGAACCUGGAAAACUGGCUGGAUUAUGGUGCUUUCUGCCUCCUCACUGAAGACAACAUCAAAGCGCAGGAGUGCUUCCGGAAAGCCCUUUCUCUGAAUGAAAGUCAUAUUCACAGCUUGCUGCUGUGUGGUGUCCUGGCUGUCCUGUUGGAGAACUAUGAGCAAGCAGAAAUUUUCUUUGAGGAUGCUACAUGCUUGGAACCUACUAAUGUUAUUGCCUGGACUUUACUCGGAUUGUUCUAUGAGAUUCAGAAUAAUGAUAUUCGAAUGGAAAUGGCAUUUCAUGAGGCCUUCAAACAGCUUCAGGCACGAACCCUCCAAACAAAACUAAAGAGCUCCGCGACCAUAGAGAACAGUGAAGAAGGAGUGAAAGUAGAGCCCAGUUUUGGCCCUUGGGGAGUCAUACAGGAAUCCUCCACAGCCAUCAAAUCGGACGGCCUCUCAGGAGAAAUACCUCAUAUAUUAAUAACUCAUCACCUGAGACCUGGUCUGAAGUGUCUGUUGAUACUGAUUUUCAUAUCAUAUAGAAUUUACUCCCUCCAUAAAUAUUCCUUAAAAACAAGGAUAAGACCCCGGAGCUCACACCUGCUGAGUCCUCGACCCACCAUGGAUCUGCAUUCUCAACCCCAAGGACCAAACACUGCUUUGUCCAGUCUAGACGAGUUUUUGGAAGAAUCGCCUAAGGCACAGUCUGAAUCACAAGAGCCAAUAAUCACUGUACAGACUCAGGAGUCUUCCCUUGCCCAGAAAUCAUCCAAUGUGCUAUUAAAGGAGCUGACAUCAAAAAAAGAAACAUCAAAGUGUCAAGAUUCAUCAGCCUUUUUCCCUCCUACCCAUCAAGCCAUUCCCCAGCCUCCGGUCACCAUCUUCAUGGAAACCAUUCGCUUCUUGAUGAAAGUCAAUGCCGUACAGUUUGUGCACAGAGUGCUGGCCCAUGAGCUGCUGUGCCCCCAAGGAGGACCCAGUUGUGAGUAUUACCUGGUUCUGGCCCAGACACACCUUCUCAAGAAGGACUUUGCCAAGACAGAGGAGUACCUGCAACAAGCAGCACAGAUGGAUUACCUGAACCCCAAUGUCUGGGGUGUGAAGGGCCAUCUCUACUUCCUGAGUGGAAACCAUGCUGAGGCCAAGGAAUGCUAUGAGCGGACUAUUAGUUUUGUAGUUGAUGCUUCUGAGAUGCACUUCAUCUUCCUACGCCUGGGGCACAUCUACCUGGAAGAGAAAGAGUAUGAAAACGCAAAGAGAACCUACAUGCAAGCCUGUAAGAGAUCGCCUUCGUGCCUCACUUGGCUAGGACUAGGAAUUGCCUGUUACCGGCUGGAGGAGCUCACUGAAGCUGAGGAUGCUCUGUCUGAAGCCAACGCACUGAAUAACUGCAACGCUGAAGUGUGGGCCUACCUGGCUCUGGUCUGCCUGAAAGUUGGACGACAACUAGAAGCUGAGCAGGCUUAUAAGUACACAAUAAAGCUGAAACUGAAAGACCAGGCUCUUCUUGAAGAAAUCCACAGUGUACAGGAAAUGGUUGGCUUUGGAAAUCCAUCUUUCUGACAGCCUUACACGUGAUUAUUUAAUAUGGAACCCCAAGCAUCUUUCCUUCCCAAAUUGUCACCAGAUGAAACCUUCCCAUUCCCUGUGUCCCUUUAGUUGUUGGCUAUUAAUUAGAUCACAUUAAAAAAAAAAAACUCAAAAUUU